AUGUCUGAAAUCCCAGCCGACGCCAACGUUUCCAUCUUCGCCAAGAACGAACAAAAAGCCAGAGAACUCAUUGGCCAAUUGGGUCUAAAGCAAGUCCCAGGUAUCUCCCGUGUGACUUUCAGAAAGAAGAAUAACCAGAUCUACGCCAUUGAGAGACCAGAGGUGUACAGAUCGCACGGUGGUAACUUUGUUGUCUUUGGUGAGGCCAAGAUCGACGACUUCCCUCAGAGAUUGGCCAAGGCUCAACAAGAAGCCCAAACUGCUGGCCCAGGUGUCUCCACCGCCGGUGCUGAUGCCAUCUCCAAGGACCCUCAAUCCAUCCAGGCCGACAUGGUCGCCGCCGCUGAUGAGAAGAAGGUCUCUGAGGUCACCAACGACGACGAGGGUGUCGCCGAUGAGACUGGUUUGAACGCGGACGACAUCGAAUUGGUCAUGCAACAGACCAACUGUGCUAGAGGCAAAGCCGCCAAGGCCUUGCGUGACAACAACUCCGACAUUGUCAACGCCAUCAUGUCCUUGUCUUAG